UUGUUAUCCACUAAUUAAGGUUAGCUAGUUAACUCUAUGGCAUUUUUUUGUAUUAAUUCUAGUAUUAGAGCAUUAAUCGUAACGCUAAUGCUAUGGAUCCUACCCUUGGUGGCCCAUGCUGGUAACUUUAAGAAGAAUUUCCAUUCUACAUGGGGUCAUGACCGUGUUGGAAUGCUUGAUGAUGGAAAGCUCCUCACCCUUACGCUUGACAAAUAUUCGGGUUCAGGGUUCGAAUCCAAGAGUCGAUAUCUAUUUGGGAAGUUUGAUAUGAAGAUCAAACUUGUUCCUCGCAACUCUGCUGGCACUGUCACAACUUUUUUUUUUUUAGCAUCAAAUGGACCUGUUCAUGAUGAGAUAGAUUUUGAGUUCUUGGGAAAUGUAACGGGUGAGCCCUAUACAAUUCACACCAAUGUAUUUAGUCAAGGAAAAGGAAACAGAGAGCAACAAUUCAAACUAUGGUUUGAUCCCACCACCGAUUUUCACACUUAUUCUAUCACGUGGAAUCCUCACAACAUCAUAUUCUCGAUAGAUGGACUACCCAUAAGGGAAUUCAAGAAUAGGGGAUCAAUAGGAGUACCAUACCCAAUAAGCAAACCAAUGAAGAUAUAUGCAAGUUUAUGGAAUGCAGAUGAUUGGGCUACAAUGGGUGGGAGAGUCAAGACUAAUUGGAAAGAAGCCCCUUUUGUUGCUUCAUAUGGUGGCUUCAGGAUAACAGCUUGUAAGUGGGCCCGGUCAACGAAGUCAACAAAUUGCCUUAAGUCAAACACAAAUGGAGAAAAAGAUGAAUGGAAAAAUCAACAAGUCAACUCUUCUGAAAAAAAGUGGAUGAAAAUGGUGCAAAGACACUACAUGGUUUACAAUUAUUGUACUGAUAAAAAUAGGUUUCCUAAAGGUUUGCCUGUUGAGUGCAAUUUAUCUUAACAUAACAUUUGGCCCUGUUCUUUUGAGAUGAUGUGAUAUGCUCUGUUUUAUUCUGUUCCGUUUUGCUCUGCUCAGAAGCUCAAAAAAACAGGGUCAAAGAACAUCUUUUAUUCAUUAUACAUUUUUUUGGGAGGGAGGGGAGGAAGGGAAUAAUUAGCUAGAUAUGUUGUUUUAUGGUAAGACAAAUAUGUCCACAUCUAUAUAUUUUACAUCAAUAAAUACUAAUAUUCUCUCUAAUUAUUGAGACUUUGGAUGUUUCAAAUUGAAAUUAAGAAUGAAUUGCCAAAUUGGUGAUAAAAAAUAAAUAAAUUACUAAAAUAGUGUUCCUUGAAAAUAUUUCUUAAAGUAGUGUCCGUGUAGGUUUGGAAAUUACGAAGCUAGGAGUUAAAAUAUAAUGGCUAGAAACAUCAUUGAAGAGAUAUUUUGUUUUUUUUUUUUUUGUUUUUUUCUAAUAAAAUCCUAAAAAAUAUGAUACCAUCAGAUUCUUUAUCUUUAAUGCUAACGAUGUCUUGAUCCUCUUGUAGUUGAGUCUUAAUCAUUAAUGCUUCUAUAUUUUAAUAGUAAAAAUGAAUACAAUAAGCACUAACCAGAGUAUGGAUUAUGAAUACGAAGUAAUGUACGUGUUUAAAAAUUUUCUAGCAUUUUUGAUAUGGAUAUAACUUGUCAAAUAACAUAUAUGUAACAUGA